UGAGCGCGCUCGUUGAAUUCAUGCUCCCUGCAUUUCAUGGUGUUGGCCGAAAAGGGUAGAAGAAGAGGAAAGGCAGACGAGACGGUGGCUGUGCUGCUGAAACUUCUUGCGGAUUUGUGGCGAAAUAGGACAUUUUGUCUGUUGUGUCAAUCUCAUGUGCAUUGGCCCAGUUGCUCUUGCUUUUUCUGAGUUAGAGAUUGUUUCGUGUAAUUGGAUAGACCGGCGGAAGUUUUAGACAGCCGGCCGGCUAGGGCCUGACUCCGGCGAUGCUGGAUAUUCGGGUUCUUUGCGCUAUGUUGCGAAAUAAUUAGGCUGAGCUCAGUACUCAUAGGAAAGAUGCAGAUAUUACCCAUUAAAUGGUUAGAGCAGCCGACUGGAAAUUUGGAAGUACACUUUUGAAUCUAAGUUUAGAUUCCUCAACACUCAUACAAAUCUCUUGAGCUGGAAAUUGAGACUUCAAUAAACAUGGAUGAUUGGGAGUUAAGCGCAGAGGAACUAGAUUCCCUGGAGCGAGAUGCCCUACGAAAAUUGGCUGAGCGUAAUCAUUCUUGUGUUGCUGCAUCUACCAGCAACAGUAACAGUGACAUGCUCAAUGUUUCUUCUCUUCCAGCUAGCAUGCCAUCUUCUCACUCCCCAACAAAGCCCACUUGUCUGCAUUAUCAAUCUUUGGAAAAUAAUAAGAUCAAUGCCUCAGUGCCCACAAGGGUAUUACCAUUAUCUGCGGCGCCAAAGAUGGGUGGUGAUCCUUCAAUGCAGCCGCAACCGAAGAUCAUAGUAAAAAUAUUUCUCCAUGCUAGUGGGAAUAUUGCUGCUAAAUUUCCCUAUGACAAGGCACUUUUAAAAGCUUUCCAAAAUAUUCCAAGAUCCAGUUGGAAUGCCAAAGAAAGAUUGUGGAUGUUUCCUUUGUCAUCAUUAUCAACAGCAGAAAGUGUUCUUCGCCACUUUCCAAGCUCUAAUGUAGAGAUAGAAAACUUGGAACCUUUGGUAAGGCGAGCAAUUGCUGCUGCCACUGAAGUUCCAGACCUCCAAGAUCGGUAUAUUAAAAUUCCUUCUAAUAUCGAAUCAAAACUUCUACCUUUUCAACGUGAUGGUGUUAGAUUCACAUUGCAGCAUGGAGGGCGGGUCCUACUGGCUGAUGAAAUGGGGCUUGGAAAGACUAUUCAGGCCAUUGCAGUAACAACUUGUGUUCAUGAAUCAUGGCCGGUUCUCAUUUUGACUCCAUCAUCCUUACGACUUCACUGGGCUUCUAUGAUUCAUCAAUGGCUGGAUAUUGCACCGUCAGAUAUAUUGGUGGUUCUGUCUCAAUGGAGUGGUUCUAAUAGAGUUGGAUUUAAUAUUGUGCCUUCUAGCAACAAGAGGUCCAUCAAUCUUGAUGGUGUCUUCAACAUUAUAUCCUAUGAUAUUGUACCCAAACUACAAGAUGUACUUUUGGCUUCAGACUUUAAGGUAGUGAUUGCGGAUGAAUCACAUUUCCUUAAGAAUGCACAAGCAAAGAGAACAACUGCCUCGCUUCCUUUAUUGCAGAAAGCUCAAUAUUUGAUCUUACUAAGUGGCACUCCUGCUUUGUCCCGACCAAUUGAGCUAUUCAAACAGUUGGAAGCACUUUAUCCUGAUGUAUAUAAGAGUGUUCAUGAAUAUGGUAACCGUUAUUGCCGAGGUGGUAUAUUUGGAGUCUAUCAAGGGGCGAGUAAUCAUGAAGAGCUGCAUAAUUUAAUGAAAGCCACUUUAAUGAUUCGGCGACUCAAGAAAGAUGUCCUUUCUGAGCUUCCUGUGAAACGUAGGCAACAGGUGUUCUUGGAGUUGGGGGAUGCGGAAAUGAAACAAGUAAAUGCUUUGUUUUGCGAGUUGGAAAUUGUAAAAAGGAAAAUCAAAAUUUCCCAGUCCAAAGAAGAAGCUGAAUCACUCAAGUUUGCAGAGAAAAAUCUUAUUAAUAAGAUAUAUACAGAUUCUGCUGAAGCCAAGAUACCUGCUGUUCUGGACUAUCUUGGGACUAUAGUUGAGGCAGGUUGCAAAUUUUUAAUAUUUGCCCACCAUCUACCAAUGAUAGACUCAAUACACAAAUUUCUUCUGAAGAAAAAAGUUGGAUGCAUAAGGAUUGAUGGUAGCACACCAGCAGCGUCAAGACAAGCAUUAGUAACAGAGUUUCAGGAAAAAGAUUCAAUAAAAGCUGCAGUGUUGUCCAUCAAAGCUGGAGGUGUUGGCUUAACAUUGACAGCGGCAAGCACAGUGAUAUUUGCUGAAUUGUCUUGGACUCCAGGUGACAUGAUUCAAGCCGAAGACCGUGCCCAUAGGAUUGGUCAGGUCUCAUCAGUCAACAUAUAUUAUUUGCUGGCAAAUGACACAGUUGAUGAUAUAAUAUGGGAUGUCGUUCAGAAUAAGUUGGAAAAUCUUGGGCAGAUGCUUGAUGGCCAUGAAAACUCCCUGGAAGUGUCGUCCAUCAAUCAACUGGCGACAAGCAGCCCUAUGAAACAGAGGACACUGGACUCCUUCAUGAAGCGCUGUAAUAACUCCUCCUCUGAUGAUGAACCCAAGAAGAAGUAUAGCAGGAAGUGAUCAUUGAUGUCCUUGCAAAGAAUCUGCAUUUGUAUGAGUGAGCAUGACCACCCUCAUUUCUCGCAUGAACACAGUAGUACAGUCUGAAUAUUUUGCUCCCUUCCCUUCCCUGCCCUGCACUUUGUGAGGUAAACAACCAACAAUGACGUAUCUCUGUAGAAGGUUUGUGCAGCAUAUUUGGCUAUUUUCUAUUCAUCUCACUCAUUGCAUUAUUGUAUGUAUUUCAGUAAAGAAUUAAAAAAUAUGUAUUUAAUCUCUA